AUGAGUUGUGAUCGCCCGUUCAAGCGCCGAAGGAUCAGCAUGGAGACUGCAGCGUACGAGUUCCACGAGAUCCAGGACGAGGUCAAGAAGAUCAGUCUCGAGAUACCGGAGACGGUGCUCGCAGGUCAGACUUAUCAUGCGUCGGACGUGCAUCAGUGGACGACGGAUAUCUCGUCGCAAUGCCUCAAGGAGCUCAAGGGCGUGGCCAACGGCUCAGCUGGCUUCAAGUACAUUGUGAACUGCACGAUUCUGCAGAAGCGGAAUGCUGGCUUUCACACCAACUCGUCGUGUUUCUGGGACGCCAAGCGAGACGGCAGCGUGGCGAUUCGAUGGGAGAACGCGACCAUGACGUGCGUGCUUACAGUUUACUGCAUCAGUCUCCAGUAG